AUGUUGAAAAGACAAAGAGAAACAAGCUCAGAACCCACUGUUAAGCAAAGAAGGUUGGAACAAAGGCUUCCCUCCUUACCAGUACAUGGGAAAAGACCUAUACUGAAGGCAGGACUGUCAUGGACGGUCAAAGGAAAGGAUGAAGGCACCCAAGGGUCUUUCCUGUUAGACACCGGUUGUACAGGAGCUAUCCUCAACCAGAGUUUUGUCAGAAAACAUGGAAUUCCUUUAGUGCGUCGGGAUCAACCUCUGACAAUGUUUGAUGCUCAAGGAGAUACACUCCGAUGGGAGGUGGCUACUUUGGAAGAAGGAAUGACCGGUUACCUACCAAUUAGUUGGGCUAGGAAGUAUAACCCGGACAUCAAUUGGGAACUCAACACCAUGAGCUGGAGGAGUGACUACUGCAAGCAGAAUUGUCUCCCAGCGGCCAUCAAGAUUGAACUGAUCUCUCCAUACCAGAUGUUGGAAGAAGAAGAGACAGUCUAUCAAUUGGUUGGUUCAGUAUGGCAUGAUGAGGACGGAGGCGAUAUUGCUGAGAAAAUACACCAUCUAUACCGGGAAUGGGCUGAUGUGUUCGGUCAAGAGAAGAUUGAGGAAAUGCCGUCGCAUUCCCAUAAUGAUCUGAAGACCAAACUCUUGCCUGUGACCGCUCCCCCAUUUGGCCCGCUGUACCCAUGUUCCGCUCCAGAGUUAAAAGCCCGCCGAGAAUACCUGGACAAAGAAUUGUCUUCAGGAAAGAUCUCUAGAUCUAAUAGCCCUGCUGCGGCGCCCAUACUUUUCAUUCCGAAGAAGGAUGGGACAUUGCGAAUUUGUUUGAAAUGGCUCCAUUACAGAAGCGGUGGAAACCAGAACCCUCCACCUCCCGUGGCCCGCACUCCCGCUCCUGGAAACUCAGACACUUCUGACAGUUCAAACUCGGAACCGGAAGGUGGUGGCAGAAGAGGCUGGCGGAGAUACCUCAAGAAGAAGUUGGAGAAGCAGCAGAAGAAUCUGUUGGCUAUGAUGUCCCAGCAGUAUCGACCUCCAGCCACCUCUCCCCCUUCUGCUACUACCAGGGCCCGAGAACCAAUGGCACCACCACCCUCCAAGUUCCAGGGCAAAGCGGAGCAAGUGGAGACCUUCAUCCGGCAAUGUGAGAAUGUGUUCUCCAUUGAGAGCCUGUCCUUCACCUCUGAAGAGGUUAAGAUUCGAUAUGCAGGCAACUUGAUGGAAGGAGAGGCAGCGAUCCGAUGGUAUGAGGCAUACCACAACUCAAUUGAUCAAACCUCUGCCAACCGUCUUGCUGGAAUGCCGGUUGUGAGGGAUGCGUACCAGACCACAAGAGUACACUACGCAGAGCUCAGAGUUCGGCUAACAGCUACAAAGGUAGAAGUCUCCAAGGUCUCUUCAGUCAACGUCGAGUAUGAAUCUCCUUGA